GCAGUAACCGUGGCGGCCGCGGGCCGACAGCACGUACCUAUGUCCUCGGCUUUAUAAAACAGUGAUGUAGUGUGAAACAAACUUCAUAUUUCGAAGGUGGAAGCGGAUCAUUUGUGAAUUAAAAAUACUGGCUGAGGACCUUACCAUGGGGGGUAUGUUCCGCAGUGAGGAGAUGGUGCUGUGCCAGCUGUUCGUGCAGCCCGAAGCAGCGUACGUGUCCAUGUACGAGCUCGGGGAAGCUGGCAUCGCUCAGUUCAGAGACUUGAACCCCAACGUGAACGACUUCCAACGCCGCUACGUGACAGAAGUGAGGCGAUGCAGUGAGAUGGAGCGAAAGCUAAGAUGGAUCGCCGGGGAGCUGCCGGAGCCACCGCCUCCCCCCAAACCUGCGCCCAAGAGCUUGAGUCCAAGGGAAAUUAAUAUGCUAGAGGAGAGGAUCGAUUACAUCGAAUCAGAGAUCCAGGACAUAAAACGGAACGCACAGAACCUAAAAAAGGACUACUUAUCACUGAUAGAACUGAAAUUGUUGCUGCAAAAGACGCAAGUGUUUUUUCAAGACAACAACGCGCAGAGAAAGAUCUCUGCGUCGGUACAGACGUAUAAUAAUGAAGGGGUGUUUGGGCAUCUUGGAUUCAUUGCUGGGGUGGUGGCCACAGCGAGGGUGCCGUCGUUCGAGAGGAUGUUGUGGAGGAUCUCGCAUGGAAAUAUCUUCUUCAAACAGGCACAGAUACAACAGCCAUUACUAGAUCCAAUCACUGGCCACCAACUUCAAAAGACAGUAUUCGUGGUGUUCUUCCACGGGGAGCAGAUCAAGCUCCGCGUGAAGAAGGUCUGCAACGGCUUCCAAGCGACGCUGUAUCCCUGCCCCACCUCUUACAAGGAGCGACAGGAGAUGCUGGCAGGCGUCGACACCAGGAUCACGGAUUUGGAACUGGUGUUAGAACAAACAGAGCAGCACAGACUGAGAGUCCUCGCCAACAUUGCGAAAUAUAUCAGCACGUGGAUGGUGGCAGUCAGAAGAGAGAAGGCGAUAUACCACACAUUGAACAUGUUCAAUAUGGACAUAGUGAAGAAGUGCUUGAUAGCGGAGUGCUGGGUCCCGAAGGUUGAUUUGCCGAUGCUGCAGAAGGCCCUGGAUGAUGGCGUUAAAGCAAGUGGCAGUCCGAUUCCGUCGUUCAUGCACUGCGUGCCGACCAGGGAGAUCCCGCCCACCUUCAACAGAACCAACAAGUUCACCAAUGGCUUCCAAAACCUUAUUGAUUCCUAUGGAAUCGCCAGCUAUAGAGAAGUCAAUCCAGCAUUAUACACGAUUGUAACAUUCCCGUUUCUGUUCGCCGUGAUGUUCGGCGACGUAGGUCAUGGCCUAAUUAUGACAGCCUUCGCUUCAAUUCUCGUCAUCAAAGAGAAAGCCCUAGCUAGGAAGAAAAUAGACAACGAAAUCUGGAACAUAUUCUUUGGGGGUCGCUAUAUCAUCCUUCUGAUGGGAAUAUUCUCCAUUUACACAGGACUGAUAUACAAUGAUAUGUUUUCUAAGUCACUGAAUAUCUUUGGAAGCAGUUGGAUGAAUGUAUAUGAUAAUAGCACGUUAUUGGAUAAUUCUGUGCUACAAUUGGAUCCAGCUGUUGCGUAUACGCAGACGCCUUAUCCUUUUGGACUGGAUCCUGCUUGGCAGUUUGCCCAGAACAACAUAAUAUUCUUGAACUCGUUCAAGAUGAAACUGUCCAUAAUAUUCGGGGUGCUGCACAUGGCCUUCGGGGUGACAAUGAGUGUGGUAAACUUCAACCACUUCAAGAAACCUGAGAUGAUAUACCUGCAAUAUAUACCGCAGGUGUUGUUUCUGCUGUUACUGUUCUGGUAUUUGUGUAUACUGAUGUUCAUGAAGUGGACUAUGUACUCUGCGACAGCUACAGACGUGGCUUACGGCUCCUCCUGUGCUCCGUCGGUGCUCAUAAUCUUCAUCAACAUGAUGCUCCUGAAACAGAACCCGGAGAACCCUCCGUGCCGGACGCUGAUGUAUGACGGCCAGGAUGUGCUGCAGAGCACCUUCCUGGCGCUGGCGUACCUGUGUGUGCCAAUCAUGCUGUUCGGGAAGCCGGUGUAUCAGAUACUGUCCGCCAGGAAACGAAAGCAAUACCAGCAAGGGGUGGAGAGUGGUGAAGCAGAAGAGGAGAAUGAACACGAUGGUGGUAUCGGCGAGCUGAUGAUCACGCAGGCCAUUCACACCAUAGAGUACGUGCUGGGGACUGUCUCCCACACUGCGUCGUAUCUGAGAUUGUGGGCCCUAUCCCUCGCACACGCUCAGUUAUCAGCAGUGUUGUGGCAGCGCGUGCUGCGCAUGGGCAUGGGGCACUACUCGCGCGCGUUCUUCCUCUACGUGAUCUUCGCCGUCUGGGCGUUCUUCACGCUGGCCAUCCUGGUCUUGAUGGAGGGACUCUCGGCCUUCUUACAUACGCUCAGGUUACACUGGGUGGAAUUUAUGAGCAAGUUCUACGAAGGCCACGGCUACGGCUUUGCGCCAUUUUCAUUUGCCGCCAUCAUGGAGUACGACUUCGACGAGGUGCUUCCCGCCACCGAGGAAGCCAAUGGCAGGCCGCCCGAGUGACACGCGGACCAAUGGAGGGACUUUAGCAAUAAUAUCCAGUAUAUUUAGACCAAUGAGAGAUAGUUAUUACAUGCUGGAUAUGUCGCCAGUGAUUAUUAUCGAAUAGAGCCUGAAUUAGAUUAGAGCCAUGCAUUGCUCCGUUGCGCUCUGUCGUCCUCGAUCACAUCCGUCGACGGACAACGCAGAAAUAGUAUGUUGAUUCGGCGUACGUUACUGUCAAAACCUAUAGAAAACAACGAUGCACAACGAACUGAGCAAUGGAGCAUGGCUCUAAUCGUAUAAACAAUGUCAAAAAUUAUAUGUAAAAGUAAUCGUUCAAUUUAAGUAUAGGUUGAUGGCGAUGGAAAACUGAUAAUUAUUUUCCAUCGGGGAACUUGGGUCAGGGCCAAGCCUCUACACGAUUGACAAACAUGACUGAAUCUAAUACUGUUCAGACUCAGAAUAUAGGUACAAAGAAUUUUCUUUAUUCUAAGAGUUCAAAUAAAAAUGUUUCAUUCGUCUUGAAUUAAUCGUACGGUUCACACAGUCAACAGCACAUCAACCUACCCAAAUCUAUUGCAAACUCGCCGCUAUUACCGCGUCAUAGAGGUUCAAGCAGAGCCACUUGAUAUGCUGUUAACGUAAUGGCGGUUAUAUCAGAUUAUUUUUUAAUAGUCUCCCCGCUUUCCGUGUAUCUAUUUUAAUUUGAAGGCAUAAUGAAUUGAAAAGACCAGAGACAGGGAUACGGAAAUUAGUCAAAAUUAAAAAGUAAUUAUUUUAAUUUUGCGUUUUGCGUGUAUGUCACGUGUGUAAAAGCUAUUUUCUUUUUGAAUAAAUUUUGAGUUUAUGAAACAAAUGCUUGCGUUCCAAAUUGACAUGACAUAAGAUUAGAACGAAAAAUUAAAAUCAAUUGAAAUUCUAUUUUUAAAAUCUAUUUCUUCCUAAUUUCAGUGUACCCAUUUCUUUUUCGGAAUAUCUUAUAACAGUAAUUACAUUUCAGCAAUUUACAACUCGGUCGAGCUAAUUGCGCACCUCGCUGGAAUGCGACGUCACAGCCGCCAGGUACGCAAUUAACUCGAUCGAGUUGUCAACUCAAAGAUUUUUGAAGUCGAUAAAUAUAUUUUUUUUAACAUAAACAAUAUUUUUGCAUAUAAGUAUUUGUGUAGGAAAAGGACAUCAGAAUAUGUUGAAAGUGUAUUGUUGAUUUCAUUUUUGUUUUUUUUAAUCUCUUUGUACUUUUUAAUUUUAGGGCAUGUGUGAUUUAUCUCGAAAAGUUUUGUGCCUUUUGUGCUAGUAUUUAGAUGUUAGAAAAAAAAACAAUUUGCAUUUGAAUUUGUAAUUUAAAUCGCGUCUUAAUUUGUAAUUAAAAUUUAUUUAAAAAAAAAAGUUAGACAAUGGUUAAACUAAUGUUAUUAUGUCAGUUUGACUUGCCAGUAAAAUUGAAAAUCAGAAUACUUACGUGUAUUUUUCAUUUAUAAAAGCUAAAGCUUCAGGAAUGUUCAUUCUUUUUUUUUUUAAUUAUAUUGUGUUCAAGUGGCUGUAAACUUCUUGUAAAUAUAAUUGAAAAUGUAUAUAAAUUUUGUCCCUUUUGUAAUAUAAAAUAUUAUACUAUUGAAGUAGAAGAAGAAGUGCAUGUUUUUGAGGUACCAAACUACAAAUUAAAAUCUAGAUAAAGCACUAUACUUUACUUAAAAUCAACUUCGCAUGCACUUGGUCUAACUUUAACUUUAUAUACUUACCAAAGCACAGGCAUAAGUUACAUAAAAGGUCUAAAAUAUAUAUUUCAUAGAUUGUAGGUAGUGUUUGUUUUUUUUUAACAAUUUUGAAGGAAAUGUAACAUAACUCUGCUUCAUUCUUGAAGUCUAGUUAUUGGAAUGUUUAUUUUAUUUAAACAAUUUAUUACCAUAUUUAUAUGGAAUUAUUAUUAUUUCUAUAUUGGAAGUCAAGCCUUGUAUUUUCAAAGUGCCUGAUAAUUUUAAGAUUAUAGGAAAUAUAUAGAUAAUUUAGAUUAUCUUUAGAAUAAAAUUUUGACUAGAUAUUAUCAUAAUCGGACCAAUGUUUGAGGUCUUGCACAUUCUGUCUCUAUUGAAGUAUUUCUCGCUCUCUCUCUAAUUAUAGUUAUUCCGUACGUCAAUAAUAAUAUAGGUAAACAAAAUUAAUUUGAUUCGAAUAUUUUAGCCAGUUGUAUCUGCGCUAGAGCGGGCUCACAGUUCCGUCGCCCUGCGCUUCUUCGCGUCGCGUCAAUAGAUUAACGCAAUACGCAAACACGAAAACUUCUAUAAAUAUUUUGUCUCACUGCUGGGCUAAAGCGUCUAUUUCCACUUUGUUUGCCCAGCAGUGGGCAAAAAAAUAGAACAACAUAUUUAUGUAAUAUAAUUUUUGAAUGAAAAGAAAUUGUGCCUUGUUAAUAAAAUAUAUAUUUUUGAACGUAUUUCUAAAUACAUUCACACUAUUAAAUGUAAAAAUUUGUAUAGUAUAUGUAACCGGUGCACCAUUCACACUAUAUAUCGAUAUUCCUAAUUACAUACACAGAUAAAUAAGACUCGCUUGUUUCUUGAGAGAGAAAGUUAAAAUUUGUCAAAAUUAGAUUAUAGAAAUAUUUUAAAUUUAGGUAAAACAUCAGGCUGCCGUAACAUAUCCUGAAACUUGUAACAUAAUUUCUAAGAUAAUAAUAGAAAUAAAACAAAUACGUAUUAA